AUGUCAAUAGAUUGCGAUGAUCAACUGGUAAAACCAUCGAAUAAAGAAUCGAAUGAUGAUCAGCCAGUAUUUUCGCUACUUCAUUCGGCUUCUCAGCCGGGUUAUUAUGGGCCGAUUUACACGAUUGUUAACAGACAGAAUAGAUCAGAUGCUGGCCAAUCUAUUGAUUGCCAUCCUCGAUGCUUCAUGGAUCCUUCUAGUGCAUCCACUGUUCCUAUUAAAUACACAGUCGAUGAUAUUAUUGAACUAGCAAAUGACGUUCGUCAUAUGAUCGAAGUAUUGCAUGAAGAUGUUCUACUUUUGAAAGUAAACUCUACACCAAAAUCAGAAGAUUUGUCAAUCGAAGAGCACAAUGUUAUUAAAAUACUUACACAAAAUCUCACAGAAGUUAUCAGGACGGCCCGAAACGAACACCGAUCAGAACUAGUACAUAAUCUCCAUCCAAUCAAGACUUACGGAACAAUUGAUGUUUCUCCACUGGUAUUCACGACGCAAAACGUACAUUUGCAGGGCUCGAGUUACAUCGACAUAAACGCGAUGAAAAACCGUUCCGAAACGAUUCCAAAUGAAGCUGAAGAUUCAACAGGAUUACAAAUUCAUCAUCCAAAUUGCGUUAACGUUCUAACUCUAAAUUCUAGCAUGCCACGAGUGCCAACAAAAACUUCAUUGGUGGCGAUCAAUGGCGAUGAGGAGCUCGAUGAUGACGAAACUUCAUUUGAUAAUCACGUGUCAAUAUCGACGGUUGAACAAUUCGAAAAUAUACCCACGAGAGAUGAACGGAAAAGCAAUAGAAUGUUCAUUUUGAAGCAACAUUCGUUCGCUUAUAAAAAUGAACAAACAGAUUGGCCGAACUAUUCAUCGAAAUCCAAUUAUUUUCCUGAUCUUAUUCGAUCGAACCUUCCAAUACUUCAAUCCGAAGAUCGAAAUUCAUCGUUUAAACAAACACCAUUUGAUCCUCAAAAUCGAAAAUUACCCUCGACUUCAGCCAAUACUUCGUCCGAUCUUUCUAUUAACUCAAAUGAGCUACGGAUGUCGAAGGCCAUCAAACAGCGAACCUUUCGUGUUCGGAAAAGUCGACUUAUCAUAUCAUUUGACGAUCUUCAGCAAAACGCUGGAGACAGCAAGGACAAUGAUGUAGACAAUUACCUUCAUACGACAUGUGAUAAUCAAACACCAAACAUGAAUUUUGCUUAUUCGAAUAAUGAACAAGAAACACAGCAAACAAACAAUUCGAUUCUAUCUCUUUUUCAAACGUGCCAUUCACCGAUCGAUAAAGGCGAUUUGUUCUUAUUAUGUAGUGACAAACUUCUCUGUCACGAUGUUUGCGAACAUGAUGAAUCCUCAUCGGAAAUGAGUAACGGAUUGUAUAGUGUGACUAGUCAAAUUUUCCUUCUGUGA